GACCGGUUCAACCGGCCGGUCCGAUCCGGUUUUAAAAACCUUGUUUCGGACAACUUUGAGAAACGAACCAUUCUUGCAGCUUUUCCAUUCUCUAUAUGUAUAUCCUUUAACUGUGAGCUUGAGUUGGAAAAGGAAUCUAUUUGUAAGAGUUGAGCUAAGAAAGGAUGAUGCAGAUGUUCAUAGACAACCUUCAGAGGUAAAAUUGUUGAGUGAUACUUUGCACUAUGAUUUUUAAACUCGUCUUAUUGUUCUUUCUGUGUUACUGAUAUGACUAGGCAAUGUAUCCAAGGGAACCUGGUUUAUCACUUCAGAAGUGGGCUCACAUGCAAGUUGCUGUUGGUGCUCGGGUGGCCUGCUACCAUGAUGAAAUUAAAGUUUCUCUCCCUGCUGUUUGGACACCAUUGCAUCACCUUCUAUUCACUUUCUUCUAUGUUGACCUUCAAAUGAAACUAGAAGCUCCAAAACCAUUCUGUUCUUUUACUUGGCAGGUAGUAAUUGGAUAUGCAGCACUUCCAUUAUCCACCCAUGCACAAUAGUAACCUUAGAAGAUGUGGUUGAGGAGAUUGUUGGAGAAAUCUUUGAUGAAAAUGAUUCAAAGGAGGAGAUCCAGAAGAAAACUGGCUAUAUUGUAAUGAGAGCAGAGGGAGUAUAUGAUGUCCAUGCCCAGGCAUCUAUUUAUUGGCUGAGGACUUGAAUAUCAAAAUGCCAGAGGAACAUCAGUAUGAGACUGUAUCUGGUUUUGUAUGUGAAGUAUUUGGAUACAUCCCUAGGGCUGGUGAGAGCAUCAAAGUUGUCCUCAAAAGGGAUAAUCAAGAUGAUGAUGAUAAGCAUGAUGAAGAUGGAUCCGGUCAUCAAGAUUUGAAGGAAAGGCAUCAAAUAUAUAGACUUGAGGUAGGGUAAAAGAACCGAAUGGAUUUCAGUAGAAAAAACUAAGAAAAUGAAUGUAGCUAGCAAUCAUGCAGUCUCUUGACUCUCUUCCACAUAUAACUUUCUGAAAUCAAUGCUAUUAUGGGGGCAUGCCCUUGUUCAUAUAGGAAUCUGCUUUUAUAUUGUUCAUCCUAUGAGAUGCUUCAUUUGGUGGCUCAGUUUGCUAAAUGAAACUUAGCAACUGAU